AUGCGAAAUAUGGGCUACCACCACGACCUGCGUCGACACCAGCGGUUGUUUUUGACAUAUACACAAAUGGUCGGAAAGAGAGAGAAGGAAAGAGAGAGAAGGAAAGAGAGAGAGAGAAGGAAAGAGAGAGAGAGAAGGAAAGAGAGAGAGAGAAGGAAAGAGAGAGAGAGAAGGAAAGAGAGAGAGAGAAGGAAAGAGAGAGAGAGAAGGAAAGAGAGAGAGAGAGAGAGAAGGAAAGAGGGAGAGAAGGAAAGAGGGAGAGAAGGAAAGAGGGAGAGAAGGAAAGAGGGAGAGAAGGAAAGAGGGAGAGAAGGAAAGAGGGAGAGAAGGAAAGAGGGAGAGAAGGAAAGAGGGAGAGAAGGAAAGAGGGAGAGAAGGAAAGAGGGAGAGAAGGAAAGAGGGAGAGAAGGAAAGAGGGAGAGAAGGAAAGAGGGAGAGAAGGAAAGAGGGAGAGAAGGAAAGAGGGAGAGAAGGAAAGAGGGAGAGAAGGAAAGAGGGAGAGAAGGAAAGAGGGAGAGAAGGAAAGAGGGAGAGAAGGAAAGAGGGAGAGAAGGAAAGAGAGGGAGAGAAGGAAAGAGAGGGAGAGAAGGAAAGAGAGGGAUGGGUCGGUGCGGACGGGACGCCGCCCCCGGGGGCCAGACGGGACGUAAACAGAUCAAUAGAAAGGGGGGCCGCGAACUCCGUUACGCUCCCAACAACCGAUCAUCACAGGGCGGCUUCCCGGAAAGACCGGACCGCUCGCUACACUGCCGCGAGGUGGGCUCCACUUAG